AUGUCGUCCACCCACGAGGUCGUCCACCCACGAUAUCGUCCACCCACGAUAUCGUCCACGCACGAUAUCGUCCACGCACGAUAUCGUCCACGCACGAUAUCGUCCACCCACGAUGUCGUCCACCCACGAUAUCGUAAACCCACCAUAUCGUCCACGCACGAUAUCGUCCACCCCACGAUGUCGUCCACCCACGAUAUCGUCCACCCACGAUAUCGUCCACCCACGAUAUCGUCCACGCACGAUAUCGUCCACGCACGAUAUCGUCCACGCACGAUAUCGUCCACCCACGAUGUCGUCCACCCACGAUAUCGUCCACCCACGAUAUCGUCCACGCACGAUAUCGUCCACCCCCGAUAUCGUCCACCCACGAUAUCGUCCACCCACGAUAUCGUCCACGCCCGAUAUCGUCCACCCUCGAUAUCGUCCACGCACGAUAUCGUCUACCCACGAUAUCGUCCACCCUCGAUAUCGUCCACCCACGAUAUAGUCCACGCACGAUAUCGUCCACCCACGAUAUCGUCCACCCACGAUAUCGUCCACCCACGAUAUCGUCCACCCACGAUAUCGUCCACCCACGAUAUCGUCCACCCACGAUAUCUUUCCACCCACGAUAUCGCACUUCAAAAUAGGUAA